UCGUCAGGCAGGGUGAGUCACUCCCGCACCGGGGGUGUAUGUCAGGGUGCUGAGGCAGCAGGCACCCCUGCAGGAGCCCGUCACCGCCGCACGGGGCGGGGGGCGCAGCGGGAUCCCCCGGGCCGAGCCCCGGGGAGGCAGCAGGCUGGGCAGUGGGAACGGAAAGCUGACAGGAUGAUCCCAGUAGCUGAGUUCAAGCAGUUCACGGACCAGCAGCCGGCCUUCAAGGUGCUCAAGCCCUGGUGGGAUGUGCUGGCCGAAUACAUCACGGUGGCCAUGCUCAUGAUCGGGGUCUUUGGCUGCACCCUGCAGGUGACACAGGACAAAAUCAUCUGCCUCCCCAACCGUGCCCCUGCUGGUGCCCGACUCUCUGACAAAACGUGCCAGAAUUUCGCCAGGAAGACUCCCAAUGCCUCGGAGCCAGACACACCCCUGUCCUCCCGGGAGAUGAGCGGCCUGCGCAACAACCUGGACAUCCAGCAGUACAGCUUCAUCAACCAGAUGUGCUACGAGACAGCCCUGCACUGGUACGCCAAGUACUUCCCCUACCUGGUGGUCAUCCACACCCUCAUCUUCAUGGUCUGUGCCAACUUCUGGUUCAAGUUCCCUGGCACCAGCUCUAAGAUUGAGCACUUCAUCUCCAUCCUUGGCAAGUGCUUUGACUCACCCUGGACUACCCGGGCUCUCUCCGAGGUCUCUGGGGAGAACCAAGACGGGACAAGCUCAAAGAAGGAAGACCGGCGGAGGAAGGCCAUCAAGGAUGAAAUGCCCGAGCCCCACCCUGCUCUACAGCCCGUUCAGUCCAUCUCCGAGAAGAAGGUAGCGGAGACUCCUGCGGUCAGCCUGCUGGACAAGAAGGAAGGGGAGCAGGCCAAGGCUCUGUUUGAGAAGGUGAAGAAGUUCCGGCUGCACGUGGAGGAGGGAGACAUCCUCUAUACCAUGUACAUCCGCCAGACGGUUCUCAAGGUCUUCAAGUUCCUGAUUAUCACGGCCUACAAUGCCGCCCUGGUGCAGAACAUCCGCUUCAUCGUGCCCUGCAGCGUGGAGAUGGAGGACAUGACAGGCUAUGACCACUUCUGCUGCAACCACACCAAGGCUCACCUCUUCUCCAAGCUGGCCAUCUGCUACAUCUGCUUCUUGGGCAUCUACGGCCUCACCUGCCUAUACACAUUGUACUGGCUCUUCCACCGGCCCUUGAAGGAGUACUCCUUCCGCUAUGUGCGAGAGGAGACGGGCAUCAGCGACAUCCCCGACGUCAAGAAUGACUUUGCCUUCAUGCUUUAUCUAAUUGAUGAGUAUGACUCCCUCUACUCCAAGCGCUUCGCUGUCUUCCUCUCCGAGGUCAGCGAAAGCAAGCUCAAGCAGCUCAACCUCAACCAUGAAUGGACGGAGGAGAAGCUGCGGCAGAAGCUGCAGCGGAAUGCCCUGGGCCGCCUGGAGCUCCACCUCUUCAUGCUGUCCGGCUUGCCUGACACAGUCUUCGAGCUGACCGAGGUGGAGGCCCUGAAGCUGGAGAUGCUCAAGGAUGUGACUUUCCCACCGCUGGUGGCCCAGCUUGUCCGCCUCCAGGAGCUCUACCUGCUGAACUGCCCCGUCAAGCUGCCAUUUGCCUCCCUGGUCUUCCUGCGGGACCACCUCAAGGUGAUGCAGGCCACUUUUGACGAGAUCAAGGAUGUGCCACUGUGGGUCUACAGCCUGCGCGGGCUGGAGGAGCUCCACCUCUCUGGCCUCUUCAGCCAGGAACUGGGGAGGGCAUCCGGCCUGGAGAGCCUGCGGGAGCUGAAGAACCUCAAGGUGCUCUCGUUGCACAGCAACAUCUCCAAGGUGCCGCCCAGCGUGACUGACGUCUCAGCUCACCUGCAGCGCCUGUGCAUCCUCAAUGACGGCACCAAGCUGGUGACGCUCAACAACCUCAAGAAGCUGGUCAACGUGCGGGAGCUGGAACUGGUCAACUGCAACCUGGAGCGCAUCCCCCAUGCUGUAUUCAGCCUGGUCAGCCUGCAGGAGCUGGAUCUGAAAGACAACCAGCUACGCUCCAUCGAGGAGAUCCUCAGCUUCCAGCACUGCCGCAAGCUCGUCUGCCUUAAGCUCUGGAGCAACCACAUUGCCUAUAUCCCUGAGCACAUCCGGAAGCUCAAGGGCCUGGAGCAGCUCUACCUCAACCGCAACAAAAUAGAGACCCUGCCCUCCCAGCUCUUCCUCUGCACCAAGCUCCGCUGCCUUGACCUCUCCAACAACGGCAUCCAGGUUAUCCCCCCGGAGGUAGGUGUGCUCCAGAAUCUCCAGUACUUCGCCAUCUCCUCCAACUCAGUGGAGACCUUGCCUGAUGAGCUCUUCUUCUGCAAGAAGCUGAAGACUCUGAUGGUGGGACACAACAAGCUCUCCACCCUCUCUCCCCGCCUGGGCAACCUCUCCUUGCUCAGCAAGCUGGAGUUGAAGGGGAACCGUCUGGAGGCCUUGCCGCCUCAGAUCGGGCGGUGCCAGGCGCUCAAGCGCAGCGGCUUGGUGGUGGAGAGCACCCUCUAUGAGACGCUGCCCACAGACAUCCGGGAGAGGCUGGAGAGUGAAUGAGAAGAGGGGACAGUCAUUAGGGUGACCAGAUGUCCCAAUUUUAUAGGGACAGUCCCGAUUUUUGGGUCUUUUUCUUAUAUAGGCUCCUAUUACCCCCCCACCCCUGUCCCGAUUUUUCACAUUUGCUGUCUGGUCACCCUAACAGUCAUCAGCACGGGCAGGCUCUUCGGUCACCUGUAGAAAGACUCUCACAGAUGACACGAGCUGGGAAGUGCCUGGUGUGCUCCUAGGCCAGAGCUGCAAAGGCACCUGGGAGAUCUCCCACCAAGAGACUUACAAAAGCAUCGUCCCCCCGGCCAUGGCUAGGGAGGGGCUCAACUUUUCAUCCCAGUGCAAAUGUGGACAGUCAGUGAUCCUGUACGGCAAGAUUGUUGUAUAGUCAGUGAUCCUCUGUCAGGGCUGCCACUUGUAUCCUGGAUUGCAGGGGAGAAAUGACUCUAUUUAUACAUAUUUUUUAGUGUUAUUAACAAGCAGCAUUCAUUGCUUUUAAAAAAGGGCAAUUUUUGUUUGUGUGCUUGUGUGUGUGUGUAAAUAGCUCAUGUUUUAACGUGCUAGAUCUCCGGCACAGUUUGGUCACUGCCCCAUAAAUUGUACCCCAUCCCACAGUCUAUCCUACGAAUUUCCAGGCCAAUCUGAUGGGUAAUCUAGAGAGGAUGCAAAUGUGGGUGUUCAACUGAAAUUUUGCUGUGGCUUUAACCAUGGGAGAGUCUUUCCUCAUUCCACAGCUCCACCCACUCCACUGAUACAAAGGGAUGCCUUUUUUACAUCAUUAGCCAGUGGAACUCAUUGUCACAAGAUGUCACCAAGGCCAAGAUCUCAUUAGGAUUGAAUUUCAUUAGUAUUUGGUCACGUCUCAAUUUCGGCAGCCCACACCCACUGUGCUGUAACCACAUUCCCAAGGAAGGUUGCAGCUGGCUUUGUAGGUCAUCUGCCCUGGAGAGGGGAAGGAGUGUUACCAGGUUGAAGCAUCUAAUGGAUUUACAGUACCAAGAGAAGCUGGUUUUGCCACUAGGUGUGGUAUGUGCUUAUCAUACAAAUUUAGAUGGGUGGGUGUGGCUCCCAUUGACCCCUCCUCCCUUGGGUGUGGUUUCUCCUGCUGUGACAUGUCGCCUCCUCCUUGAGCCAUGUUUUUUUCCACCAAUGACAUGGCCCUCAUGGGCUCCUCCCCUGAGUCCCACCUCUCUGUGGCAGGAUUCCAGAUGGUCUUGAUUAGGGCUCUGAUUUCCCCUGUGCUGCAUGUACCUGAGUCUGGAGCCCUUACUCAGGCAAAGGUCAUGGGAGGAUUUCAGGAUCGAGCCCUUCUUUUUAUAUUAAAGGAUGUAUGGGGGGAGUGGCAAUCCAAACACCUGCUAAUAGCAGUGGGCCUGAACCAGGGCCCUGGCUCUGUGCAGCUGGAGGGGAGAAGUUUGAAAUCUGACCUGUGCAAAUAGCCUUUAUCUCUGCACCGAGCUGGGUGCGGCACUCCAAGAAACCCCAGUCUGAGCAAUGCCCCAGCCUC